AUGCUGGACGCAUAUGUUGGGUACGAUCUGAGCAGCGCCAUCGAACCGGAUGACAUACCGAAGACGAACGACACUGUGUUUAUACUGGGAAAGCAAUAUCACGCUACCGAUGAUCUCGAAAUCAUACGACAGGAUGUGCAAUCUCGCCUGUGGUGUACCUAUCGCAAAGGAUUCGUACCGAUCGGCAAUACACAGCUAACCACGGAUAAAGGAUGGGGCUGUAUGUUGCGUUGCGGACAGAUGGUACUAGCACAGGCACUGAUACAGCUGCAUCUUGGACGGAACUGGGUGUGGGAAGCGGAAACGAAAGAUGAAAUCUAUCUCAAUAUUGUGAACCGUUUCGAGGACAGCAAGCAGGCACCGUUUUCCCUGCACCAGAUUGCCCUGAUGGGUGAUUCCUCUGAGGAGAAACGAAUCGGCGAAUGGUUCGGGCCGAACACGGUCGCGCAGGUGUUGAAAAAGCUGGUGAAAUUUGACGACUGGUGCAGGCUAGUCAUUCAUGUAGCGUUGGACAAUACGGUAGCAACGGAUGAGAUAGUGGAAUUAUGUGCAGAUAAGAAAGAUCCCGAUGUUUGGAAGCCGCUGCUGUUGGUAGUCCCACUGCGGUUGGGUCUUAGCGAAGUAAAUCCAAUCUAUAUUGAGGGUCUGAAGAAAUGUUUUCAGCUACCGGGAAGCUGUGGUAUGAUCGGUGGCCGACCUAAUCAAGCGCUCUACUUUAUCGGGUAUGUCGGGGAGGAAGCACUCUAUCUCGAUCCUCACACGGUCCAGCGGGUGGGGACGGUUGGCAACAAGCAGGAACCAGCCGAACAGGAGCAAGAUGAAACGUUUCACCAGCGGUACGCUAGCCGGAUCAGUUUCACCUCAAUGGAUCCGUCGCUGGCCGUUUGCUUUGUGUGCGUUAGCCGGCAGCAGUUUGAUCUGCUUGUGAGCCGGUUUAACGAUAGUUUGAACGGUGGCACCAGCCAAGCAUUGUUCGAGGUAGCGAAAACACGCCAAGCACCGUGGACACCGACGACGGCAUCGUCCGGAUCUUCGCGUAAGAACAGUGGACCAACCGAGGCCUUCAAUGUGAUAUCGGCGACCGAAAUUCCGAACGAAGAAUUCGAAGAGGUGGAACCACGCACGCUCGACGAUUCGGAUGAGGAGUUCGAGAUUAUAGCCUAG